AUGAGUUUAUUCGUUCUAGGUUCGACUGGGUUAGUCGGCGGCUUUAUAAUUGAAGCAAGUCUUCAAUCAAAAACCUGGAGUAAAGUGACCACACUCACAAGACGCAAACCACAAUUUGCCAAUAACAACAACAUCGAUGCUAUCGUUGAAACCGACACCACGAAAUGGUCCAGCAUCAUCCAAAAUGAUGUAAAAACUCAAGCACCGCAAGCUUAUAUUUCAUCGUUUGGAACCACGAGAGCUACAGCAGGAUCAGCUGAACAAUUUCGCGCUAUUGAUUAUGGAAUCAAUUACGACGCGGCAAAACUGGCUAAAGAGAUUGGCGUCAAGACGUGCAUUUUAAUUUCAACUAUUGGUGCUAAUGCCAAUUCACCAUUUCUCUAUUU